UUUAAUUUGGCAUCCACUCGAGCUCCAUUAUUUAUAGCCGCCAACCUUCACCUUCAUCACCACCUUCAAUUAAUGGCUAAUCUUUACCAACUUAUAAUAUUUUUGCUAACUAUACUUUAUAAUUUUGCACCAUCACACCAAAACCACUUUGCAACGACACCACCAUUGCCAGUGUCACCCCUCCCAUCAUACUCGCAACUCAAAUGGCAACAAAGAGAGAUCAUUUUCUUCCAUCAUUUUGGUGUCAACACAUUUACAAACUCCGAAUGGGGCACGGGAAAAGAAAACCCAAAGAUAUUUAAUCCCAAGGGCCUCAAUACGGCCCAAUGGAUUGAUGUGGCAAUCCAAACUGGUGUUUCGUUAUCCAUUCUGACUGCGAAACACCACGAUGGGUUUUGCCUUUGGCCUUCUAAAUACACUGAUCACUCUGUCAUUGGAAGCCCGUUGGAAAACGGGCAUGGAGAUGUCGUGAAAGAAUUUACCGAGGCGGCAAAUGCACGAGGAGUGGAUGUAGGAUUGUAUCUUUCUCCAUGGGAUCGUCAUGAUUAUCGAUAUGGCAAAAAUGUCGCGUAUAAUGAAUAUUACAUGGGACAAUUACAAGAACUACUCAACAAUUAUGGAAAUGUGAAAGAGAUAUGGUUUGAUGGAGCGAAAGGUUCGAAUGCACCAAACAUGACUUAUCUUUUUAAUGAUUGGUUUUCGAUGGUGGAGGAAUUACAAAGCUCCAUCAACAUAUUUUCUGAUGCCGGUCCCGGAGUCCGAUGGGUCGGAAACGAAAAAGGGUUCGCCGGAACCACAUGUUGGUCCACUAUUAACCGGACUUCCCUAUCCAUUGGCAAUGGAAGCAUCGUUGACUAUCUAAACACCGGGGAUGAGAAAGGGACUGAUUGGCUACCAGCUGAAUGCGAUGUCUCUAUUCGAACCGGAUGGUUUUGGCACAAAUCCGAGUCACCUAAAAAACUUAGCGAUUUACUCGAAAUCUACUACAAUUCUGUUGGCCGCAACUGCGUCUUGUUACUCAAUGUUCCACCAAACACGACGGGCUUAAUAUCAGCAAACGACAUUCAACGCUUAAAAGAAUUUAAAUCCGCAAUUGACACAAUUUUUACAAAAAACAUAGCAGACUCGUGCUCUAUAAAAGCAAGCAGUGUCAGGGGAGGCAAAGACAGCGGGUUCGGGCCAGAAUGGGUCCUUGACAAAGAUCAUUUAUGGACGUAUUGGGCUCCAAGUGAUGACGACGAUAAGGACCAAUGGAUUGAAUUCACGGCCACAAAUGAAGAGUUUAGAUUCAACGUUGUAAGGAUUCAAGAGGCGAUCGGACUAGGACAAAGGAUUAAAAAGCACGAGAUAUACGUGGAUGGAAAACUGGUUGCGAAAGGAACGACAGUUGGAUAUAAGAAGUUACAUAGACUUCAAAAUGGUGUAGUGAAAGGGCAUCGUGUAAGGAUUCGAUUUAUCGGGUCACGGGGUAUCCCUUUGAUAUCUUCAAUAGGGCUUCAUUAUGAUCCUUAUUGGCACCCAGACCCAGUUGGGAGAUAAAAGGAAUUGUUUUUUUUCUUUUUUUUUUUUUGAUUUUUAUCUAAGCUUUACAUUGAAACAAUUAAGUUAUUUCAAAUGGUUACGACAGAAUGGUUGUUUUAUUUAAA